CGUGCCCAGCAGAGCACAAAGCUGACAGAGAACCUUGGUCUACCAAAAACCUCAGAGGUUGCCUGUAGAGCAUGCAGGUAAUUGUGACUGACAGUCUCUGUUCAACCAGCCACUGUUCUGGUGGGAUAUGAAUGCAGUCACCUCUCCCAGAGGUGCCUGUCCAGGUCCUGAUCCACUCUGGAGGUACCUUACAGAGCACGAUCCAAAGUACAAAGGGAAGAAGAAACUCAAGAUCUCUGGCAGGGAGCUGCUCUCAGUUCCCAUACAGGUCUUUGGCUUGGACCAGCUGCAGGUGCUGGAGAUGAGCCCAGAGCGAGAGAGCUGCCUGAGGUACAGGAUGGAGCUGCUUCCCCAGGAGAUCGGCCGUCUGAGGAACCUCACCUGCCUCUACGUGGACUCCAACAACUUGAAGAGAAUCCCUGCUGAAAUUGGCACUUUGAGCCGCUUGGAGAGGCUCACUCUGAGCAACAACAGCCUGAGCUCGCUACCUGCAGAGAUGGGGGCACUCCAAAGGCUGCGCAGCCUCCACCUUGCCAACAACAGCCUCACUGAGCUGCCUGCACCCCUCUGCCAACUGAGGAACCUCACCUUUCUGGAUGUGAGUGACAACAAAAUAAAUACCAUCCCCUCCAGCAUUCGGCAUCUGGAGAAACUGGAAACGUUGCUAUUGCUCUUUAACUCACUGGAGAGCCUUCCUGAGGAUGUCUGCCUUCUAAGGAAUCUGCACACACUUUGGUUGGGAAACAACCAUCUACGGUCCCUUCCAGCAGCCUUUGGGGAGCUGGUGAACCUGGACUGGGGAUACAACUGCUGCUCAUGCAAUUUUGAGGGGAAUCCACUGGAGAGUCCUCCCCCUGAAGUCUGCAGCAGAGGCCCUGAAGGGAUCAGAGACUAUUUCUUAUCACUUCGUAGGAUUUGGAGAGACUAAACCACUGUUGUCAGUCCUCUUGAAGUGACUGUGAUGGAUUUAUGCUGUGCAAAUCAUCUGCACAAGCAAAAUCUGUUUUCAGACAGAAAGGUCUGGUGACAUCACUUGAUGGAGCUCAAAAGCUUUUUCUCUGCUGUAAGGUGAUUUCUCUAGCAGUCUUCUGGGGUUUUUCUAAACUAGCAUUGAACAGUGGUGUACACCUUUCAAAAACUCAUCUGGGGCAACUGUGAUCUUUUUUUGUAUAUAUAGUUGCAUAGACUUAUCUCAGGAAAUGUUGCAGACAAACAUCCAGUCUGAGAAAAUGAGCAAAUCUGAAAGGAUAGAGUCAGGUAAACAACUGGUGUGUAAAUAGCAACAGUCUGUACUCUUUGUUUGCAUACGGGGUUGGGGCUUGAGUCUGGACUAGAAGUGCAAGCUGAGAUUUCUGGAAGUUUUAAGGUCAUACUAACUUGUGAAUUUGGCUUUGCUUCAGGUAGCCCAGAAUGUCAUAAUUUUCCCUGGUAUUUUGCAUGAAACACACAGGUUGAAUCAGCCCAAUUCUGUCUGGCUCUGGAUAAAAAAACAACCUGUAUCCAUGUCCCACAAGAUAUUGUGCAAACAGAGUCUCCAUUCCUUUGGCAGGAUAUAGUGCAUUUCUCCUGAAGAGCAGCAUCAGCUGGCUCUGCAGAGUUCAUAGCCAGGGCUGUCACACUCUCUGGAGGCAGCAAGGACCUGAGCUUGAUGUGCCAGCCCAUCCAGAGCAGACCUCAGCAGUACAGCUCCUUGGAGCUUGGUGAGGCACAGCGGUAGCCCAGAUUUAGGCAGCACUAGCAGAAAAAGUUUCCGCUUUCACUGAGCCUGGGAAAGUGUUCAGAGCUGUUAAAAUAUGAGUAUGCAAACUUCCUGCAAGGGAACAUUCUGAGAAUCUCUGUCAUAAUCAUAAAAGGCUUCAUCAGUGUUACAUUAUGGAAAUUUGCUGAGACUCCUUUCUGUUUCAUUUUGCUCUCUCUUCCCCCUAUCAUUAUUUUCCUCCCACCUCUCUUUAACUUUGCUCUUCGUGGGUGUUUUCUCAGUGGCUACUCCCUCUGACAUUUGUUUUUCAUUAUUUUCUUAUCAUCAAAAGCCUCUCAUUCCCUUAUAAAUCCUUUUCUUUGCCCUCUGUCUCCUUUGUUUCCUAGUUCUCCUUUGGCCAACACACAGAAAGAUGCAGUUGUGUGACUUUCCUGGAAGGAAGGGCUGAGUCAGGCCUGGUGGGAGCUGAGCAUGUUCUUAAAGCAUUCAGAGAAAAAGGGAGAAAAGCAGACAUUGAUACACAGGCCAUUAAUUCUUUUGUUCAGUGCCCUGUCAUUUUCCUUAUAGCAAAGAUCAGCACAAGGAGACCUGAAUCAAUGCUGAAUUUUUUCUGGGUGACAGAAACACAAUUCCAGAUAUCCUUAACACAAACUGAUUUUUACAUUGUUCUGCCCCUGACCUCUGUGAAUUUUUCGAACCAGCUGUGACUUUUUGGUGUCAUGCUAACCAGAUUCAUUUUAUCAGUGGGUUAUCACACAGAGAGAAAUGAGUGCAUGGCAGUAACAGGCACACAACUACAUCAUACCAUUAAUUCAGUUUUCCUGCAGCUGAUUAUUUCUAGGACAUGUGAUAUAGGAAAGAAAGGAGUAAAGCAACCGUGGUGCCUUGCUCAGUUGGCUCUUUCUGUGGCAGCUUGGAGAACUGGAGAUGAAAGAGCAAGACAAUGAACUUCAAGUCUUUUGCAAUUCAGGGUUUUUUUCAGAGGAAAAUCGGGACAGUGUGUGAAGUAGCUCCUGAAGCUGAUGCCAACUCAGGCAGAGGCUAUAUCAAGGUGGCAAUGUUGAAGAUGCUGAAUGACUGUGAUCUUGUUUCUCUGAUUGAUGCAUUCUCCAGACUCCUACAGGUCCUGUUUCCCCACUAUUUCUGCCAUUUCCCCAUUUCUGUCACCCCAUUCAACAUGUGAAGGCAGUGGGCCUUCCUAAAGCUUACCUGCUAUAGGACAUGAGGUUAGAGGCAGUAUGAGCAGUGGGGCCCAAGUAAAGACAAGGUUAUCACCCUGGUUUUGGACAUGUGUGAGAAUUAAAUUCUAGUAACUGUGGUCUUUUUAGAGGAUGUAGUCUAAAACACAAAAUCCUCCAGGACACCAUCUUACACAGGUGCUAAGAGGGAUGAAUUUCUCAUGUCCCAUGUCAAACCCUUCAGAUUCAAUGUGCUGUUUUUCUUCUACAUUGAACAGGCUUUGGGCUUGAGGUUCCAUUUCCAAUUUUGACUCUUUCCCUUCCUUCUGCAUCUCGGUUGGUGAUUCCUGAAAGGCAAACUGACUUCAGCUUUUUUGGGGAUGGCAUAGCAACUCUAAGCUUUCACUUUUGGUUUUAGCCAGUCAGAAGUCACAUGCUUUGUUUAACUAAUCCUCUCUCCAAAAUCCACAAACAUAAUUGUGAAGCCUGAUUGUGUCUGUUAAUAAUAUACCAGUCAUAGCUGGAAGUGAAUGGAGGUAAAAGGGGGGUUAAAGAAUGCAAAAAAAGGGGAAGCUUUAAAAAACAGUGGCAGUAUUGCCUUUAUAAAUCUCUAGUCUGUUGGGAACAAGAGAAAUUUCUGUGAAACUAAUGCAAGUGAGGGCACUUUGACCAUGCCAUCAAGCUGCUUGAGCAGACUGAAUGUUACUGAGAUAUGUCCUGACACCUUGCUGUCUGUUGCUCCUUCUAUUCCCUUUGUCCUGAUUGCUUCCAAAAUCACACUUCCCAAAGUGGAAAACCCAAUAGUUCAUAUUCUUUGCAGUGUUCUAGCAUCUGUGUUAAUGACAUAAUUAUGCAGAGCAAUAAAUAGAUCCUGGUGCUGUCAUUAAGAUGACAUUAAAAUCUAAUCUCAAACUGCU